CAAAGAUGGCGUUCCACGCACCAAAUUUAGUACAACCCUAGAUUUGGACAGUUUUAGAGCGCCAAACGUUAUUUCAUAUCCGUUAUCAGUGCUGUUGUUGCAAAGAACGGGAAACUUGAUGACAUAGUAGUUAAAACUUUGAAGAAAAGAUGUUGUUCAAGUGUGUCUUUCAGACAUCAUGUAGAAGAUCUUUUGGUCUGACUCUGAAUUUAAGUGCACUGCAACUUGUAGCGCGUUCUUCUCGGGAUCCAUCAUCCUUUACGUCCAUCUCAGACACUUUUUCACGUUCAUUUUCUGCUGUUCAUUCAAUGGAGGCAUGGAGUAUUGACGAAUAUGGCUCCAACGACUUAUUGGAACUCAGAAGGCAGCCAUUGCCGAGGCUUCGAAAGUCAACAGACAUUUUAGUUCGUGUGCACGCGGCAUCUGUUAAUCCGAUAGAUUUCAGAAUGCGAAGCGGUUAUGGAAAAACUUUGUUGAAUUUGUGGCGUAAGCUGGAAAAGGUUGACGAAUUUCCACUCAUUUUAGGAAGAGAUUUCUCCGGGGAAGUGGUGAAAACCGGAAGACUGGCAAGAAGAUAUAAAGAAGGGGAUCAGGUGAGGUAUCCAUUGCAAAGCUACGUCCCCCUCCCGAGUGUCAAAUUCUCUGGUACCCAGUUAUACACCCAGCUGGAGAGAGGUACUGGGAGUUUGCUGAAAGCCUGGGGAGCUUAUGUUGCCAGCACUUGUUCACCUGAUGCUGUAGAUCUUGUUGCUGGUCUUGGAGCAGAUCUGGUGGUUGAUUACAGUGCAGUUAAUGCAAAGGAAGAACUGAAAACAGCUGGAGGUUUUGAUAUAAUCCUUGAUCCAUUUGGAGGAGAAAUCAGAGAAAGAUAUGCCAGUCUGUUAUCCAAAUGGAAAGGAUCAAUGUUUGUGACACUCGCACCGCCUGUUCUUGGUGAUACUGACAAGUUGGGCGCCAGUCUUGGACUGGUGUCUGCUGGACAAAAUCUUGCUUCAGCUGCUGCUCAAGAGGCUCUGUGUAGUGGUAGUUUGGUUUCCUGGGGUUUCUUUAGCCCUAAUGGUGCAGCCCUGGACCACAUCCGAUCUCUCUGUCAGUCUGGCAUGAUAAAACCUUUUGUUCAGGAAGUGUUUCCAUUCUCUAAGACUAAUGAAGCUUAUGCUAAACUUGAGAGCGGUCAUGCAAGAGGAAAAAUAGUGAUCAGUAUGGAUUGUAAAGAAUCUACCAAAGAGGAACAUUCACACUAUGUUUUUAAUCAGUUGCUGAAAGCCUGGGGAGCUUAUGUUGCCAGCACUUGUUCACCUGAUGCUGUAGAUCUUGUUGCUGGUCUUGGAGCAGAUCUGGUGGUUGAUUACAGUGCAGUUAAUGCAAAGGAAGAACUGAAAACAGCUGGAGGUUUUGAUAUAAUCCUUGAUCCAUUUGGAGGAGAAAUCAGAGAAAGAUAUGCCAGUCUGUUAUCCAAAUGGAAAGGAUCAAUGUUUGUGACACUCGCACCGCCUGUUCUUGGUGAUACUGACAAGUUGGGCGCCAGUCUUGGACUGGUGUCUGCUGGACAAAAUCUUGCUUCAGCUGCUGCUCAAGAGGCUCUGUGUAGUGGUAGUUUGGUUUCCUGGGGUUUCUUUAGCCCUAAUGGUGCAGCCCUGGACCACAUCCGAUCUCUCUGUCAGUCUGGCAUGAUAAAACCUUUUGUUCAGGAAGUGUUUCCAUUCUCUAAGACUAAUGAAGCUUAUGCUAAACUUGAGAGCGGUCAUGCAAGAGGAAAAAUAGUGAUCAGUAUGGAUUGUAAAGAAUCUACCAAAGAGGAACAUUCAGUUUGACAUCUCUGGACAUAGAAGAUACUACCUCCACGAACAGUCAUGUUUCCUCCAUGAGGAAUAUGCUAGUUAGUCAACAAACAAGCAGCACGAUAAAACCUAUCUACAACCACCCAAAAUCUUAGUGCAAACGAACAUGAGGGAAGGUCACAUAAAGUCGCAAAAAGAUGAUCAUAAGUACAAACCCAUUCUGAAUCUUACUCAUGGUAUUAUGGUCACUGAGAAGAAAAACUAUUUUUCGUUGGUGGUUUUGUGCCAAAGCUGUGUUAAAAUGGUUAUCUUCAAAUGCCACCACAGGAACUUAUCUGGUUAAAAUUCUAACAAAUUUCAAUAGUUUCUUUUAAUGUCAGUGAUUAGAUUAGUAAAAAAAA